UCUAAACCCUAGUCGAUUUGGCCCCUCUUGAGGGGGAUUCUAAUGGAUGUCGACGAUGGAAAUCCUUGUAGGAUGCUUUAAUUUGUCCUUGAAUCGGAUGCGCGGGAUAGGGUUUAGAGAUCUUUCGAGAUCUGAAGAAUAAUCGCAUCAUGUAAUUGCAUUUGUUAUUGAACGAAACAGAGCGAUGUCUCUUGCAACAAUUUGCAAGCGAGUGGGUCUCAAAGAUUUAGUUUCAAAUGUUCCAGUCUACAGCAGUACUGUUGAGUCAUCUGGAGGACUCGGCCUGGUUUUUAAGCGUUGGGCUACAAAAAAGACUGCGGGAUCCACGAAAAAUGGCCGCGACUCCAACCCUAAAUAUUUGGGAGUUAAGAAGUUUGGUGGAGAGAAAGUGAUACCUGGGAAUAUCAUAGUUCGCCAACGGGGUACGCGCUUUCACCCUGGAGAUUAUGUUGGUAUCGGAAAAGAUCACACCCUGUACGCACUUAAGGAAGGGCACGUGCGGUUUGAGCGCAACAAGCUGAGCGGCAGGAAGUGGGUGCAUGUCGAUCCCUCCGACGGUCAUGUUCUUCACCCUCUCUAUGCUAAUGCAGCGAGUACCACAGCCAAUACCGAAAGCCAAUUAUGCUAGCUAGAUUUUCCUGUGUGUUUUUGGCUUAUGUUCACAGGAGGUGGAGUUUUGUCUCUUCUCUGGGAAGGUUUGGAUGGGAGAGAAACUGUUCCUUUAUGCAUGUUGUGCUUGUCAUAAGUAGGUUUCGUUGAUCUACGUAUGAAUUGCUCAAAUGUUUGGUACCUCUCAUCUGUGUGGAUAUUAUUUUGUAACUUCUAAACCUAAAAGGGGCUUCAGCCGAGGUGUAGGGGAUUUUGCGGAAGUUACUUGGGUUUUUUUA